AUUGUUAUAAAAGAUGGCACCACUUGACGGACUUUGCACUAUUACUUGGCCUUUGAUUUAAUAAAAAGGCUGUUGUACAUCACACUACAAGUCGUUUAUCGAGAAGCUGCAAGCUAAGAAACGUUAACACGGAACAAGUAAGAUGACAGAAAGAAAGGUUCCCUUCUAUAAAGAUAUAAAUGGGAUUAAAAUUGCAGGAAAUUUCUCUGAAGAAGCUUUCUUAUCUGCUAUUAAUUAUAAACCCAAACCGAACGAUCUGUUUAUAGUUACGUACCCAAAAUGUGGAACUACGUGGAUGCAACACAUCGUCAUGUCAAUUUUAAGAAAAGGAAAACCAUUCGAAAAUGCUUUGGAUUUUUUUAUAAAUACGCCGUUUCUCGAAAUGGCAGGUGCCGAUGUUGUAGAUCUCAUGACGUCAAAAGGAGCCUUGAAGCUGCAUUUACCUUUUCACUUAACGCCAUUUUAUCCACACGCUAAAUAUAUUUACGUUGCGAGAAAUCCAAAAGAUUGUUGCGUAUCUUUUUACCAUCAUACAAAAUCUUUUGCGUUGUAUUUUUUUCAGGAUGCGACAUUCGAUGAUUUCUUUGAAUUGUUUUUGAAAGGCGAAGUAGAAUUUGGCGAUUAUUUCGAUCAUUUAAUUCCUUGGUAUGAACACAGAAACGACGAAAAUGUUUACUUCACGACGUACGAAAAAGUAAAACGAAAUACGAAAGAAGAAGUUCUGAAUAUCGCGAAAUUCCUAGGCGAAGAAUACGAAAGAGAUUUGAAAGAAAACCUCAAAAUUUUGGAUGAUGUUUUAUAUUACAGCAGUUUCGAGUACAUGAAGAAGCACGUUAAUGAGUAUUUUGCAGCAAUGAAUGGUUACAUAAGAGAAAAUCCUGAUAAAGUAUCUUCUGGGUGGAAACAUAUUGCCGAAUUCUCGAAAAGUGUGCCAAAUAUGCCAGCUAGUAAAGCGGGUAACGAUCAAUUCGUUAGAAAAGGUAUAAUAGGAGAUUGGCGUAACUACUUCAGUAAGGAACAGGAGGAGAGAUUAGAAGAAAGAAUUAAAGAAAAGACUAAAGGAAGCGAUGUAAUGAGAUUGUGGGAUUAGUCAUAGAAACCGAAUAUAAAUAAAUAAAAAUAUGUAAUGAUUACAAGA